AUGCCAUCAGAGGAGUUUGUCCGUGGGAUGCUCUACCUGUCCCUCACUGUUGUGGGAGUCCCGGGUAACGCUACCGUCAUCCUGGCGUUCCUCCUCUUGCUGUACCAGGAGAACCGCCUCCUCCCGACUGAUGCCAUUGUCCUGCACCUGGCCUGCGUCAACCUGCUGGUGGUGGGCGUCCGCUGUCUGCUGGAGACCCUGGCCUCCUUCUGCCUCGUCAGCAUCUUCGGAGACGUGGGCUGUAAGGCUGUGAUCUUUGUCUACAGGACGUGCCGUUCCCUCUCAAUCUGGCUCACCUUCGUCCUGAGUGCCUACCAGUGUCUGAGCAUCGCCCCUCCUGGAUCGCGCUGGGCCUCUGCCCGCACCUUGGUAGCCCAGUAUUUGGGCUUCGUGUUCCUCUCCCUCUGGCUCCUCAACACCUGCAUGAGCUCGGCGGCCAUACUCUUCUCCUUCGGCACCAAAAAUGACUCCAGCCCGACAAACCACGGUAUCAACGUACAAUUCUGCUACGUCAACUUCCCUUCAAAGUUGUCCAAACAGGCAAACGGGGCAGCCCAGGUGGGCAGAGAUGUGGUGCCCAUGACCCUCAUGACCCUGGCCAGUCUGAUCAUCCUGGUCUUCCUUUACAAGCACAGCAAGCAGGUGAAGGGACUCCGCAGCGGUAGUGGCGUUAGGGUAAGCGGUGGGGCCGAGCAACGGGCUGCCAAAGCCGUCGUAGCACUUGUGACCUUGUAUGUGGUUCUUUAUGGGGUAGAUAAUGGGCUGUGGGUGUAUACGCUCACUGUGAGGACAACCAUGACUUCCUCGCUGAUCUCUGACCUGCGUAUAUUCUUCUCCUCACUCUAUGCAGCGCUGAGCCCCGUGGUCAUCAUUGCAUCCAACAGGAAGGUGAAUGGCAGGCUUAGACUUAAUUCUGCAGCUAAAACAGAACUUGCAACAGCGGAUAAACGUGCACCGUCGUCACCUGUUCAACCUCUGACUGCGACUCACCUGCUCGAUAAGGAAAGAUGUGUGAAAUGCACAAGAAAUACAACACAACAAAGCACCAGUGCCUGACAUUUAUCAAAGAAAUAAACCUACAAAUGCUA